AGUAGUUCCUUUCAAAUCAUAUCUACAUAGAUAUGCAACACCAUAUAUGGCUUCCAGAAGCAGUAAUCCACUUUGGUAUAGCAUUCGGCGUGCAUCUGCUCAUAUCAUCGUUCUUUCAAGCUAUUCACCUUUUGUGAAAUACACACCUCAGUGGAGGUGGCUGCGAGAAGAGCUAACAAGAGUCGACAGAGAAAAGACGCCAUGGCUUAUUGUUCUUAUGCAUGCUCCAAUCUAUAACAGUAAUGAAGCCCACUUCAUGGAGGGUGAAGCCAUGCGAGCAGUAUUCGAGAGUUGGUUUAUCCAUUAUAAAGUUGAUCUCAUCUUUGCUGGCCACGUCCAUGCCUAUGAAAGAUCGUACCGUAUCUCCAAUAUUCAGUACAAUGUGUCAAGUGGUGAUCGUUAUCCUAUACCUGACAUAUCCGCACCUAUAUACAUAACCGUUGGAGAUGGAGGAAAUCAGGAAGGUCUUGCUGCAAGCUUUAGGGACCCACAACCAGAUUAUUCUGCAUUCAGAGAAGCCAGUUAUGGACAUUCCACACUGGAGAUAAAGAACAGAACACAUGCAUUCUACCAUUGGAACCGCAAUGAUGAUGGGAAAAAAGUGGCAACUGAUACUGGGGUGUUCCACAAUCAAUACUGGUGUGUGAAACUUCAUGGGGGAAAAAGGAGAAGGAGGAACUGUAUGGACUAAUACGGAAGCUAAUUAGUUCAUUGAUCAUCAGGGCAAGCAAUCUGCAGAGGAGGAGGCUGAAGAAGAACCAUCUUAGGAAUCCCGAUAGCGGUGUUGCGUCUAGCAGCAUUGCAUCUUAUUGAUGGAAUUGUAAAGGAAGUUCUUAUGAAAUAGCUCUGUUGUGGAUUUAAGGAGGGGGUUAUGUAGUUUCUGAAACUAAUUAUAUUAGCUUCAUUAAUUAAUUCUUUAAAUUCAUGGAGUCACAUAGAUGUUACUGAUUUAAGUAGUCUGGAAUGAUUUUUGGGAUCUACUAAUCCCAAGGUUUUAAAAUACGGUUAUCGUAGAUUGGAUCUGACCUGACACCACCGAUACUGUGACAGAUUGUGUGAUAUGUCUUCAUCCUUAUCAAUAUUAUGCUACAUAUCAAUUUAUCGGC